AUGUUUGUACGUCAGGUUUGCGUUGCUCUGGCGAUCGCAGCUCUUUCUGGAGCCGUCCCUGCACCAGUGAAGCAUGUCUUGCAUGAAAAGCGAAGCGAGCAUGUGGAUUGGGUGAAAGGUGAUCGUAUCAAACGCGAUUCCGUGCUGCCUGUGCGCAUUGGUCUUACCCAGAAUAAUUUGGAGAAAGGUGAAGAGUAUCUCAUGGCUAUUUCUGACCCGACCUCUGUCAAAUAUGGGCAGUAUUGGUCUGCAGAGGAAGUUCAUGAUAUAUUCGCUCCCUCAAAGGAUACUGUUGACACUGUUCGUCGGUGGCUUGAAUCCUCUGGCAUUCAUGAGUCCCGGAUUGUACACUCCGAUAACAAGGGAUGGUUGGCUUUUGAUGCCUAUGCACAGGAAGUAGAGGAUUUGUUCAAGGCUGAGUUCUAUGAGCAUGAGCAUGCCAGUACUUCCAACAUGAAGAUUGGUUGUGAGGAGUACCAUGUCCCCGAACAUAUCCAGCCGCACAUUGACUAUAUCACUCCUGGAGUCAAGCUCAGCCCCAUCGUCAAGAAGAGCACCAAGCAGAAGCGAAUGUCGCACUUGGUUCAAUCCAAGGGCACAGUGGAAGCUGAUGACGUUUUCAAAUCCGCUGUUAUUUCUGAGAAAGCGAAAUCACUUCCUGCGGAUCUCCAGAAAUGCGGAAGUGAAAUGACCCCAGCCUGCAUCAAGGCCUUGUACAAUAUCCCAGAUGCCACCAAGGCACACAAGGACAACUCGCUUGGUCUCUACGAACAGGGUGACUACUUCGCCAAAUCGGAUCUUGAUCUUUACUAUAAAGCCUAUGCUCCUUGGAUCCCUCAAGGCACUUAUCCCAUCCCUGCCUUGAUUGAUGGAGCAAACUUCUCGGUGCCUGAUUACAGCCCUCUGAACCAGGGUGAAUCGGAUAUUGACAUUGACAUGGCUUAUUCGCUUAUCUACCCCCAGUCCGUGACUCUUUACCAGGUUGAUGAUCAGCUUUAUGAACCUGAAGAGGUUGCGACCACCAACCUGUUCAACACUUUCCUUGACGCUCUCGAUGGUUCUUACUGCACAUACAGUGCCUUCGGCGAAACAGGCAACAACCCUGAUAUCGACCCAGUCUACCCCAACCCGCGUCCAGGCGGCUACAAAGGCAAGCUUCAAUGCGGUGUAUACAAGCCCACAAACGUCAUCAGCGCCUCCUACGGACAAGCUGAAGCCGAUCUCCCUGUUGCCUACACCAAGCGCCAAUGCACAGAAUUCCUGAAGCUCGGCCUGCAGGGCCAUUCCAUCCUCUUCUCCUCUGGCGACUACGGCGUCGCCUCCUUCCACGGCGACGGAUCUGCCAGUGGAUGCCUGGGACCCGAGGAAAAGAUUUUCAGCCCCCAAUACCCCUCUAACUGUCCCUACGUGACCUCCGUCGGAGGCACCAUGCUCUACGCCGACCAGACCAUCAAGGAUGCCGAGAGCGUGAUGCACGCUGACUUGGGUGGUGAAGCCGCGAACUUCAGCAGCGCGGGCGGUUUCUCCAACUACUUCCCGCAGCCCUUGUACCAGAGAAAGGCUGUCGAGAAGUACUUCAAGAAGGCUAAGCUUUCUUACCCGCACUACUCUGAGAUGGAGGUCGACUUUAACAAGACAGAGGGUCUCUUCAACCGUAUCGGUCGUGCUUAUCCUGAUGUGGCAGCUAACGGCGCCAUGUUCCCUGCUUACAGUGGUGGAAGCCUGCACCACUUCUAUGGCGCUAGCUUGUCAUCGCCGUUGUUCGCUUCGGUCCUGACUUUGAUUAACGAGGAACGUCUUGCCAAGGGCAAGGGUCCUAUUGGUUUCGUGAACCCUGUGCUUUACGCUCACCCAGAGGUUCUUAACGAUAUCACCAACGGCACCAGUGCUGGAUGUAAUUCGGAUGGUUUCAGUGCUAUUCCAGGAUGGGACCCGGCUACCGGAUUGGGCACACCUAACUAUCCUAAGUUGAAGAAGCUGUUCUUGUCUUUGCCUUGA